AUGCCAAUGAGUUAUUAUUAUUUAGAAACUGUUUGGCUAACAUCGAAUACAUAUUGUACAUGGUGGAUAUGGUGUGAGUUUUCAGUGAAUUCUAUCAGUUUAUUUUUAAUGGCAUGGAUAUCAAUUGAACGACAUAUAAUUAUUUUUCAUCCACAUGCAAUGCUUCAAGCAUCAUGGAGAAAACGGAUAUUUCAUUUUCUAAUGCCUAUUUUUUGUCUGAUUUGGGCACCAUUAUUUUUCUUUGUGGUAGUUGUAAUUAACCUACAGUGUACUAACGUAUGGGAUUACAGUCUUAUUACUUGUGGUAUUCCAUGUUAUUUCACAAUAAAUAUUCUUGUUCAAUUUGAUUUUAUUUUCGAUAUUGUCUUUCCGAUCAUAAUUAUCAUGACUGCAAAUCUGACAUUAGUUAUUCGAGUUUUAUCUCGAAGACAAGCAGUAAAUUGGAGACGUCAUCGUAAAAUGGUUUUGCAACUAUGGAUUGUCUCAUCGCUUUAUAUAGGAUUUUGGUUACCUACUACAAUAACGCAAUUGAUUCAGAUGACUACAAUGCCUACAUUUAUGAUGGAUCAGUUAACAACAAUGCAAUUCGUUAUUUAUUUUAUCCCACUUUUGUUGCCAAUGAUAUGUCUAAGUGCGUUGCCUGAAUUAAUGAAGAAAAUCAUGGAUUUUAUUGGAUUUCGACGAAGGAAUGUCAUUAAUGUAGUUACUUUCAAUCGUGAUGCAAGACAAACUGUACCUAUUGCUACUGUUCGAUAG